AUGACGUUGGGCAAGCGCAAGCGCGCGCCAUGGCAGGCCGAGGCCGAGGAGCACCAGUGGGAGCGCCAGCAGCAGUUGCAGGCCAUGGACAUGACCACGGCGAUGCAGCAGAUGACCGGCCAGGCCCGCAUGCAGUUCCGCGGCGUGCAGGCCAGCGCCAUGGCCGCCAUCCAGCAGGGCCGCAGCCCGGUGGUGGCCAUCAUGCCCACGGGGGGUGGCAAAAGCAUGUUGUUCAUAUUACCCGCGUGGGCCGUGCCCGGCGGUACCACCAUCGUGGUGGUCCCAUUGAUAUCGUUGCGCCAGGACAUGGCGCGGCGGUGCCAGCAGCUAGGGGUGUUAUGCGUGGCGUGGGACUGGCAGCGGCCGCCCGACGAGGCGGCCAUCGUGUUAGUGACGCCCGAGUCCGCGGUGACGAGCGAUUUCCAGUCGUUUAUCAACCAGUUGGUGAUGAUGCGCCGGUUGGACCGCGUGGUGGUGGACGAAUGCCAUAUUAUCAUGAAUGCGCAGAAGGAUUUCCGGCCGCAGAUGGCGCAGUUAGGCCGGUUAGUCCGGGCGCGGUGCCCGAUGGUGUAUUUAACCGCCACGUUACCCCCGCAGAUGGAAGGCGAGUUCAGCCAGCGCAUCCAUUACCCACGCGACUAG